AUGGCAUAUAGCAAGUUUACAGCUGGUUACAUUAUCAAGGAACAACAGACACCAAAAAAAAACAUUAUGAAGUCUCUGCUUGUGUCUUUGUUGAGUCUGCGUCUGGUUCUGGGAAUUGGUCACUGGUGUGAACACAGAGUGGAAGAUAAACUGGAGACCAUCAUCUCUCCUCGCCUGCAGCUUGAAGCGGCAUGCUCAGAUGUGUAUCGGUUCAACACUCAAGGCUGGAGGCUGGAUAUAGACAGGAUGCGCCACACACACGGGGGUGAUGAUGGAAUAGCUCUAUAUUACAAAAGACAAGGACCCAAUGCUUCCUGCUUCCUGUUCAAACCUGCAAACAUUGUGACUGAACGAGUGAACAGGACAGUAAGAGCCUGCUGCGAAGGCUGGUCUGGUCCUCAGUGCUCACAGGGAGUGAGUAUCCGAGGUCUGUGUUUCUCUACAUGGAGUUGUGAGGAAUUUCCUGGAGUUCAGAACUCCUCUCUGAUGCAUCUUGAGCAAUGCUGUGGCAGCCUAUGGGGUCUUAGCUGGAAAAAUUCCUCUGAUCAGACCUGCUUGUCCUGUUCUUACACCCUCUUGCCAGAUUCUCAGCCAUCACCCCUUUUUCACAGGGGUCUUCUUGGAGGCAAUCGAGACACUAAGGCCUCUGCAACUUGCAUGAGCUGGGGUGGAGCACAUUAUCGAUCCUUCGACAAGAAGCACUUCCAUUUCCAUGGUGGUUGCACCUAUGUGCUGGCCUCAUCCACUGAUGGAACCUGGGCUGUCUACAUUAGCACUGUGUGUGAUGGCAGAGGACAUUGCAGCAAGGCAUUGAAGAUGAUGUUGGGACUUGACCUUGUGUCUGUUCAUAAGGGCAACAUAUCACUCAACAGUGUUCUCUUAAAGCAGGGUGAACCUUUCUUUCAAAACGGAGUGAGUAUUCACUGGCUCGGAGAUUUUGUUUUUAUUGAAAGUGGAUUGGGCAUCAGAGUGAAAUUCGACAUGAGGAACACUGUGUAUCUGACAGUUACUGCAGAACACUUGACUACUACUAGGGGCCUCUGUGGAUUAUACAACAAUAAUGCAGAUGAUGACUUCACCAGUAGGAGUGGAAUUGUACAGCAGUAUGCUGCCAGCUUUGGAAAUUCGUGGCGUGUUCCAAACCAAGAGACAGAGGACUGUAGUGAUGCAGCAGAGCUGGGCCACAGUUGUGACAUUAUGGGUGACAUCAGCUUGCGUAGAGCUGCAGAAUUGACAUGUCAUCAGCUCAAGGACACUCCUUUUUCCCAAUGCCAUCAUCGAGUGGAUCCAGGGCCCUAUGUAGAUGCCUGUUUAUAUGUGUACUGCAGUUUGGGGGCUAAUGAGAGAGAGGCAGCUGUGUGUGAUACGUUUGCUAGUUAUGCCCGUGAGUGUGCCCAACAACAUGUCAUCCUCAGCUGGAGAGGGCCUGGUCUCUGUGAGCGAGCGUGUCCUGGGGGUCAGCUUUUCUCAGACUGCGUGUCUUCCUGUCCCCCCAGCUGCUCCUCAGCUCCCCCACCAGCAUCGGGUCAGUGUCGGGAGGAGUGUGUUGGGGGUUGUGAAUGUCCUCCUGGGCUCUAUCUGCACAAAGGCAAAUGCUUACGGAGAGAACACUGCCCUUGUUUCCAUAGACGACGCACAUAUCAUGAAGGAGAUGCCAUAAAACACAAGUGUAACACCUGCAUGUGCCAGGCAGGCCAGUGGCAAUGUUCUGCAGAAAGGUGUGCAGCCAAGUGCAGUAUUAUUGGAGCAAUGCAAAUCACUACUUUUGAUAAGAAGCGGUAUAACCUCCAGGCUGGAGACUGUCAGCUCAAAGCCAUUGAGGAUUUUGUGGAUAAGAAGCUUGUAGUGACUGUCAGAGAUGUGGAGUGUGUAAAGAGAAGUGGCAUGCGCUGCCCGUGGGAGACAACCAUCACUGCCCUCCAUACCACAGUGACCCUCACGAAUACAGGAUCUGUGAUGCUAAAUGGACAGCCAGAGGCUUUGCCAGUGUUAACAGCUGAUUUGGUUGUGCGGAGAUCAUCUUCAAUCUUCCUCAUAAUCCAUGUCUUUGGUGCUCAGCUUUUGUGGUACACAGAAGGCCCUCUAAUCCUCAUCACUCUGCAGCCAGGGUUUGCUCAUAAGGUGAGAGGCCUUUGUGGAACUCUGACUUGGAAUCAACACGAUGACUUCACCACACCAGAGGGGGACAUUGAGAAUAGUGUGACCUCUUUUGCCACAAAGUUCAGUCUUGGAUCAUGCUAUUUACCCUCAGCAGUGACCUCAGACCCCUGUAACACCUACACCCAGCACAGAGAGUAUGCAGAGAGUGUCUGUGGUGUCAUCAACAGUCCUGUAUUUCAGAGCUGUCAUGAAGUGGUCGAGCGUGGGCCAUACAUGCGGCAGUGUCUGAGUGAGGUGUGUAGCUGCACCCCGCACACUCACUGUCAAUGUACUGUCCUUACUGCCUAUGCUCAACACUGUGCGCAGGAAGGGGCGCUAGUGAUCUGGCGGAACCACACCUUCUGCCCAAUACAGUGUUCUGGAGGUCAGGUGUAUCAAGAGUGUGGCCAACCUUGUGGAGGCUCAUGUACUGACCUUCAGCAAAACUGGAGCUGCCAAAUGGAUGCAGGCGCUCAGAGCUGUGUACCAGGCUGCCAAUGUCCUGCAGGUCUGGCACAGGAUGACCAGGGUCAGUGUGUGCCAGUCAGCAUGUGCCCGUGUGUUCAUGCUGGAGUUGUCCAUCAGCCAGGAAGCUCUGUGCAGAUCAACUGCAAUACCUGUGUGUGUGGACAUGGUGUGUGGAACUGUACUGAGCAUACCUGCCCUGAGGUUACAGAGUGUCCAGGCUCUCUGGUCUUCUCCCCUCGAUCUUGUCUGAAGACCUGCUCUAGUCUGGACAAGGGGUCCUGUGCAGAGCCCAUCUAUGGCUGCGUCUGUCCUGAGGGAACGGUGCUCUUGGGUGAUCAGUGUGUGUCUCCUGAUGAAUGUCCAUGUCACCAUAAUGGCAGACUCUUCUUCACAAAUGAUACCAUUUCAAAAGACUGCAACACAUGUGUAUGUAAGCAGCGUCGAUGGCACUGCACCCAGUCGUUAUGCGCUGGAACAUGCAUAGCUACGGGUGACCCACAUUAUGUGACCUUUGAUGGCCGCUGUUUCUCCUUCCUGGGAGACUGUGAGUACAUGCUGGUGCAGGAAAAAGAAGGUCUGUUCAGCGUGACUGCUGAGAACGUACCCUGUGGCAGCACUGGAGUCACCUGCACCAAAUCUGUUACACUGAGCAUCGGCAACACGGCCAUUCACCUGCUCAGGGGAAAGGCUGUGACAGUAAAUGGCAUGCCUGUGACGCUUCCUAAGUCUUACUCAGGUAGUGGCUUAGUGCUGGAGAACAUCGGCCUGUUUGUGUCUCUCUCGUCUCGACUUGGCGUUACACUUCUUUGGGAUGGAGGUAUGCGUGUAUAUGUGCGGCUAGAACCCCACUUGCAAGGCAGGGUAGGGGGUUUGUGUGGAAAUUUUGAUGGAGACUCAGAGAAUGACUUCACCACAAGGCAAGGCAUUGUGGAGUCCACACCAGAGCUGUUUGGCAACUCCUGGAAGGUUAGUCCAUCCUGCCCCGAUGUCUCUGAGCAAGACCUGCGUGACCCAUGCAACAUCAAUCCUCACAGAGUGAGCUGGGCAAAGAAGAAAUGUGCAGUGAUUACCCAAGAGCUAUUUGCCCCAUGUCAUGCUGAAGUGCCACACCAGCAGUACUACGAUUGGUGUGUCUUUGAUGCCUGUGGUUGUGAUUCAGGAGGAGACUGUGAGUGUCUUUGCACAGCCAUCGCUGCCUACGCUGAGGAGUGCAACCGCAGAGGGGUCUACAUUCGCUGGAGAUCUCAAGAGCUUUGCCCCAUACAGUGUGAGGAUGGUUUGGUUUAUGAAGCUUGUGGUUCUGCUUGCUCUGAUGUUUGUCCUGGCAGCUCUUCUCAUGCUGACUCUCACUGCAGUGCCCUAUCCUGUGUGGAGGGCUGCUUUUGCCCCCAGGGCACUGUCCGCCACGGGGACAGCUGUAUUUCUCCAUCCGAGUGCCCGUGUGAGUGGGAAGGCUCACUGUUUCCUCCUGGAGCUGCUGUUACUCAACACUGUCAGACCUGCUCCUGUUCUAACAGCACCUGGCACUGCACUGGGCCUGCAUGUCCUCCCACUGCUCCCUGCCUGGAAUCAGAGUUCCAGUGUAGCGGCGGAUCUCGUCGAUGCAUUCCCUCUCUCUGGCUCUGUGAUAACGAGGAUGACUGCGGAGACGGAUCAGACGAGCUUUGUCCCACUACCUGUCCUCCUGAGCAGUUCCGCUGUUCUGGAGGAGCCUGUUUACCCCUGGAGCUGCGCUGUAAUGGCCAUCCUGACUGUGCCGAUCAGUCCGAUGAGGAGUUCUGUGCCCCGGUUACACCCGGUGUCCCUGGGUGUAUGCCCGGGGAGUUCCGUUGUGCUAAUGGACGCUGUCUAUCUGCUGCUAAAGUAUGUGAUGGAAGACUGGACUGUGGAUUUGCUGAUGACUCAGAUGAGCGAGACUGUGAAGUGGUAUGCGCUGAACAUGAGUUCCGCUGUUCAGCUGGACGCUGCAUUCUCUAUCUGCAUCGUUGUGACGGUCAUGAUGACUGUGGAGACUUUAGUGAUGAGCGUGGGUGUGUCUGUGCUCCGGGAGAGUUCCAGUGCCCUGGUGAUCAGUGUGUGCCUGCAGAGAGAGUGUGUGAUGGCCAUAAGGACUGUCCGUCUGGGAUUGAUGAGGUUAUCUGUCCUGUUAAAGACUGUAAUCAGUAUGAGUUCGGGUGUGCGAAUGGUCAGUGUGUGCCACUGGCUUGGCGCUGUGAUGGUGAAACAGACUGUCUGGAUGGAAGUGAUGAACAGCAGUGUGCCCGUGCUUGUGGACCUGACCAGGUGCCUUGUCAGAGUGGAGACCAGUGUGUCCAGCAUUUGCAUCUGUGUGACGGGACACCACAUUGCCGAGAUGCCUCUGAUGAAAGUGUGGACAAUUGUGGCUCCACACGGAUCCCACCCUGUCCUGACAGCUUCUCAUGUGAUAACAGAACAUGUGUAAACACAUCACGUGUGUGUAAUGGUAUUCCUGACUGUCCCAGAGGAGAGGACGAAUUGCUGUGUGAAAAGCCCAGUAUUUCUCCACUGCCCCCUGGUGGCAGCAACAAGACUCACACCUGUCCCGAGUUCACUUGCAUGGAUGGAUCCUGUGUCCCUUUCAAAUCAGUAUGUAAUGGAGUAGCAGACUGCCCGGAUUCUGGAAGCCCCUCAGAUGAACAGGACUGUCAGAGUUGGGGCCCGUGGGGACCCUGGAGUCCCUGCAGCCGCUCCUGUGGCUCUGGCAUUAUGAGCAGAUACAGACACUGCCCUGUGGGGGACGCGCUAACACGCUGCAGGGGAGAUGAUAUGCAGAGACAGCAAUGCUACUCCACAGCUUGUCCUGUUGAUGGCCACUGGUCAGCAUGGACGACAUGGUCUAACUGCUCUAAAGGUUGUGGAGGUGUGGAGAUCCGCAAAAGGGUGUGUGUUCCACCGCAGAAUGGAGGUCGAGCGUGCACUGAGCUGCCAGGAGACACAGCUCUGAGCACUGAGAUCAAGCCGUGUCCUCAGGAUGGAUGUGCUAAUGUUUCCUGUCCUGUUGGUCUGGUUUCACAUGCUUGUGCUCCUUGUCCUUUGACAUGCGCUCACAUAUCAAGUGAUACAUCCUGUGAUCCUAGUGCUCAGUGUUUCACAGGUUGCUGGUGCCCAGAGGGUAAAGUGAUGAACCACAUGCAGCAGUGUGUGCUGCCAGAAGAGUGUGUAUGUGAGGUGUCAGGGGUGCGGUACUGGCCGGGUCAGCAGGUCAAGAAGGGAUGUGAGAUUUGUAGGUGUGAGAGGGGAAGACCGCAGCACUGUCAGGCCAAUCCAGAGUGUUCAGUCCACUGUGGUUGGUCAUCCUGGUCCCCAUGGGGUGAGUGUUUGGGUCCAUGUGGGGUACAGAGUGUUCAGUGGUCUUUUCGCAGCCCAAAUAAUCCCUCCAAGCACGGCAAUGGCAGACAGUGUCGUGGUAUUUACCGGAAAGCUAGACGCUGUCAGACAGAGCUGUGUGAAGAGUGUGAGUAUCAGGGACACACCCAUGCAGUGGGUGACCACUGGAAAGGAAGUAAUUGCCAUCUUUGCCACUGUUUACCCAACCUUAAAGUACAGUGUGCACCUUUCUGCCCAUAUUCUACCACUGGAUGCCCACAGGGUCAAAUUCUGAUACCAGGGAAAGAAAACAGGUGUUGCUAUUGUGAAGACAAAGCCCAGAAUGUCAGUAUCAUCACAACAACCCCAGCAGUUCUGCCGAUCACUGUUGAGCCCUCCAAGGCACCAGAAGUCACACCACUUGUGCCAACGUUUCCUCUCCCACCUGGAGAUGAGUGUUGGUCUCCAUUGGGAGUGCAGUCUCUACCUAGUUCCAGUUUCAGUGCCUCGUCACAGCAGCCUGGUCAUCCAGCCUCUGCAGGGCGCCUCCACUUUCAUGACCCUCACAGUGACCUGCAGGGGUGGAGCCCUGAACCUGAGGAGUACAGGGAGCUCCCUCCAUCUGCCCCUCAUGCCCAUACACACCACAGCCAGGCCCCUUACUUGCAAAUCGACCUGCUUAGACCAUACAACAUCACAGGAUUACUCACUCAAGGUGGUGGACAGUUUGACACGUUUGUGUCCAGUUUCUACCUACAGUUUAGCACUAACGGCAGCCAGUGGUUCACCUACAAAGAGCUCAUCACAGACGCUCGCCCUAAAGCCAAGGUGUUCCUGGGUAACCAUGAUGAUCGAAGUGUUAUGCAGAACAGACUAGACAGGAUGGUGUUAGCUCGGUUUGUGCGGGUGUUGCCUCAUGACUUCCAGAAUGGCAUUUACCUGCGAGUGGAGCUGAUGGGGUGUGGAGAUGAGUAUGAGUGGCUGUCUACUCCUGCCCCCACGGUGUCACUCCGGCCCUGCAAUGAGAUGGAGUUCCAGUGUGGGAAUGGACACUGUGUUCCCACUGGGCCACAGGGGGUGCUCUGUGAUGGAGUUAAUGACUGUGGAGAUGGUUCAGAUGAACUCAGCUGUGGCUCUAAACCGUCUCCUUCCCCGAGCUCCAAAGGCUGUCCCAGAGGUCAGUUCUCAUGCCCUCCUCCAGGGGGUUGCAUUGAUUCUGCACAACGCUGUGAUGGGUUUCCUCAGUGUCCAGAUGGCGCUGAUGAGAGAGGCUGUGGAUCUGAAUCAAAUCGUACCCAUGUCACACCCACCCCUGCUCCACUCAGGACGCCUAGUAAGGCUGGUGUCACAUCAGCAAGUACACCAACUAUCACACCUCAUGGAGAACCUGGCCAUCUGGUUACCUGCUCUUCUCCUCUGGGCCUGGAGGAUGGCCGUGUUCACUAUGGUCAGCUAACGGCCUCAUCAUCCAGAGAGAAUAAUCCAGCCGACACGGGACGCCUCAACAUCGUUCCUAAUGUUUUAGUGAUGGAACCAGGCUGGAGCCCUUUACCAGGAGACCCCCAGCCCUACUUCCAAGUGGAUUUUCUGGAGCCCACCUGGAUAUCAGGGAUAAUCACCCAGGGCAGUGAGCGCAUGUGGGGCUACUUCUCCAAGUACCGUCUGGCAUUCGCUCUGUCUGAGAACCACUUCAUGGACUUUACUGAGAGUGAAGACAAAGGCUCAGCCCCAAAGAUCUUUGAGGUGCGGAUGGUAGGCAGGACACCAGUUACACGCUGGCUGGGCAGACUGGUGAGAGCUCGAUACCUGCGCAUUAUACCAGUACAGUAUCGCCACACCUUCUAUCUCCGAGUGGAGAUCCUGGGGUGCAGAGGAGACACAGUUCCUACUCCCACUCCAGGAUUACCAGGUAUAUGGAAUCACACUGUAACAACAGGAAGUCCUGGAUACCACAAAAAUACAUCAGGAUUUCCAGGAGUUCACACCAAGAGUCCACAAGAUGGAAGUCCAGGUGUACCUCAGGGACCAACUGGCCAGCCAGGACUGUGGAACAUAACGACGCCUGAUGGUGGUUUACCCAGAGUUCUGUGCGUAGAGGGCCAGUUUUCCUGCAAAAGCAUUGGAUGUGUUGAUGCAACACUUGUGUGUGAUGGAAGAAAGGAUUGUCCAGAUGGUUCAGACGAACAUCAGUGCGGUUCUUCCACACUCCCUCCAAUAACGCCUACACGUCGCCCCCUGGUGCCAAGUCCCUGCUCUGCCAAGCAGUUCACAUGUGGCAGUGGAGAGUGUGUGCGUCUGGAAAAGAAGUGUGACCUCCACAAAGACUGCGCUGAUGGCUCAGAUGAGAGAAACUGUGUAGACUGUGUGAUGUCUUCGUGGACAGCGUGGAGUCAGUGCAGCGUGUCAUGUGGUCUGGGAUCUCUGUUCCGGCAGCGUAAGAUCCUGAGGGAUGCUCGGCCCGGGGGCUCUUGUGGGGGUGCACAGUUCGACAGCAGAGCCUGCUUUCUCCAAGCCUGUCCUGUGGACGGACAGUGGGCCGAGUGGGGUGAGUGGUCAGAGUGUGAUGCUGAAUGUGGUGGUGGUGUGAAGAUAAGGAGCAGGUCUUGCUCAAACCCUCCACCCAAAAACGGAGGGCAGGAGUGUGAGGGAAUGACCAUGCAGACUCAGAGCUGCAACACACACCAGUGUGGAACCGACACAGGCACACAGACAGGCUGUACUACAGGUCUGGUGCUGGUGACAGACGCGGACUGUGCAGCAGGUCGAGUGGAGCCGUGCCCUUUGACCUGCUUAGACCUUAACUCUGAGAGUAACUGCUCCUCGCACUGUAUGACAGGGUGUCGUUGUCCAGUUGGUUUGUUCCUCCAAGAUGGUCGAUGUGUCAAUGUGAGCAAAUGUGCUUGCUCAUGGGAAGGAUCAGUGCUUCAACCGGGGGAAGAAGUCAUCAUAGACAACUGCACAUUUUGCAUGUGUCGAGAUGGCCAUGUCGCUUGUGAUAACUCCAGCUGUAUCCUCAAAUGUGACUGGUCAGCCUGGUCCUCAUGGACCUCAUGUGACAGCAGCUGUGGAAUUGGCAUACAGCAACGCUUUAGGUCAGUUCUGAGUCUUUCUGAAGCAGUGAAUGUAGAACCAUGUGUAGGAGACUCUACAGAGGCACGGCAAUGCUACACACCCUGUCCACCAGGAGCUCCAUGGAGUGAGUGGUCUUCAUGGUCUGAGUGCAGUAAGACAUGCUUCUAUCAUGUGGAUGCUGUGGGAAUGAGACGCCGCUUUAGGAGCUGUAACCACACUGACUCCGCCUCCUGCUUUGGGGAUGGGGAAGAACACGAACCGUGUAACACAUUACACUGUCCAGUGCAUGGUGGUUGGUCAGCAUGGUCAGCAUGGUCUGACUGCUCGUCUGAGUGUGAUUCUGGAGUCCAGACUCGAGAACGUUUCUGUAGUUCUCCUCCACCUCUUUACGGAGGCAGCAGCUGCCUGGGACCUCACAUUCAAACCCGGGACUGCAACUCCCAGCCCUGCACAGAUGUGUGUCCAAUUGGUAUGAGCCAUUUGACUAAAGAGCAGUGCCAGGAGCAGGGAGGAGCAUGUCCACGUGUGUGCCUUGAUGCUAUGACUUCGGUGGAGUGUGCCACAGAGUGUUAUGAUGGCUGCUACUGCUCCCCAGGCUACUACAUGUUUAACAACUCCUGUGUGCUCCUCAGCCACUGUCCCUGCUACCACCAGGGGGUGCUCUAUCCACAGGGUGCCAGUGUGCCCUAUGAUUCCUGCAACAACUGCACUUGCAUUAAUGGAGAGAUGCAGUGUGGCACAGCUCCCUGCCCUGUUGAUUGUGGUUGGAGUGAGUGGACAUCCUGGAGUGCAUGCAGCAGGACAUGUGAUGUUGGAAUCAGGAGGCGGUUUCGCUCAGGCACCAAUCCUCCGCAGGCAUUUGGAGGCCUUCCUUGUGUCGGCGACCGUGCUGAGCUGGACACAUGUAGCAUCUACCCUUGUAGUGGUGUGAAAGACCCAUGGAGUGCAUGGUCCGAGUGCUCAGUGCCCUGUGGUGGUGGAUACAGAAGCAGAACCCGAGGUCCGAUCAGAUCUCAUGGCACACCGCAGCAGUUUAGCGCCUGCAACCUGCAUCCUUGCAGUGAUGGCAGUGGCUGUGCUGGUGGUCAGGAGUGGACAGCAUGUGUGAGAGAAGCACUGCUCUGCUCUGAUCUAGGGAUCGACACUAUCAUCAACUCCACCUGCUCACCAGGAUGUCAGUGCCCACAGGGUUCUGCACUACAGGAUGGGAGGUGUGUGUCUUUGCCUCUGUGUCGCUGUGAUGUAGAUGGCGAACAGUAUGAACCUGGAGCUGUGGUCAAGAAAGACUGCAACAACUGCACUUGUGAAUCAGGAAGACUUAUAAACUGCACCCAAGUUGAAUGCAAUGUGGAUGGUGGCUGGUCAGACUGGACUCCUUGGAGUGCAUGUUCAGUGUCCUGUGGUACCGGUCUGCAGUCACGCUAUCGUUUUUGCUCCAAUCCCGAGCGUGCCGGUGCUGGACUGCCCUGCCUCGGGCCAGACCGCCAGGAUCAAGUGUGCGUCCAGACAGUAUGCAGCCGUAAUGGAGGAUGGAGUGAGUGGACAUCCUGGACAGAGUGUACCAAGACUUGUGGAGGGGGUGUGCGUAGUCGCUGGCGUGAAUGUGACAACCCAGCCACUGAGGGAGACGGAGACUUCUGUGAGGGUCUAAAAACUGAGCUUGUGGCCUGUAAUGUGGAGCACUGUCCAGUGCCUCAGUGCUCAAAUAUUUUAGGUGCUGUGUUCAGUAGCUGUGGACCAUCGUGUCCCCGUACCUGCGAUGAACUGACUCACUGUGAGUGGCGUUGUGAACCUGGCUGUUACUGCAUUGAUGAGAAAUUGUUGAAUGUUAAUGGUACAGCGUGUGUAGAGAGAGAGCAAUGUCCUUGUCUGGACCUGACCACCGGCCAGCGCAUCGAACCUGGAGAAACAGUCCUUACUUCUGAUGGGUGCAACAACUGUACCUGUGAUGGAGGACAGCUCAGAUGUAGCAACAAUCCAUGCCCAGUGGAUGGAGGCUGGUGCGUGUGGUCCAGCUGGACCCCGUGCUCUAAGACAUGUGGUGCUGAGUGGGUCUCUCGCUACAGGAGCUGUGCUUGUCCUGUGCCAGUGGCAGGAGGGACAGCAUGUCCAGACCAGCAAGAAGAGCACCAGGGCCUCGGCGUGCAGAUAGAAAGAAAACCCUGUACUUCAGUCACUUUUUGCCCAGUCCAUGGUUCAUGGGGCUUCUGGAGUGAAUGGUCAGAGUGUGAUGCAUGUGCGGGCGUGUCUGUCAGGAAGCGAGAGUGUAACAGUCCCCCUGCUAGAUUUGGAGGUCUGCCGUGCCACGGCGAGUCCCUCCAGAGUCGUGGUUGCCACGACAACCAAACCGUCUGCUCAGACUGUGGUGGUGGACAGGAGGAGUGGCCUUGUGGGAAACCGUGCCCUCGCUCAUGUGAAGAUCUCCAUGGUGACACUGAGUGUAUAGACACAUCAGGGUGCAGUCCAACCUGUGGUUGCCCGGGGGAUAUGGUUCUGCAGGAUGGCGUGUGUGUGGAGAGAGACGAGUGCCGGUGUAAAUUCCACAACAGCACUACUGCAGGUUUAAAUAUCACAAGCACGGCAUGGGAAUGGCCCGGUAGGACAGACUGGCAAUAUGCAAAUUCAGGAGAGAGCAUCAUUACAGACUGCAGCAACUGCACGUGUGAAGCUGGUGUCUUGCACUGUGAUUCACUUCCUGGUUGUAUCACUGAUGGUGGGUGGAGCCAGUGGGGGCCGUGGUCAGAGUGUUCGUCCCCGUGUGGGGGCGGAGUCAAGCUUCGGUUUCGUCAGUGUAAUAACCCCGACCCUCAGGGAGGUGGGAGAGAAUGCAGUGGUACUGCUGACCAGCAGAAGGAGUGUAACAGUCAUGCCUGCACAGACUUGGCGAUGUGGUACGACUGGUCAGCAUGGUCAGUGUGUUCUGUCACCUGUGGAGGAGGAGAACAGAGACGUACUCGUUCCUGCCGAACGCCUCCAUGCACCGGCUUGACACGCCAGAGCAAGACCUGCAACACACAAGUGUGUCUUGAGGUGGGAUGCCCUCCAGGUCGUCUGUACCGGGAGUGUGAGAGAGGCGAGGGCUGUCCGUUCAGCUGUGCUCAGCUCAGUGGGCUUGAAGGCUGCUACUCUGAUGGUUGUGAGGAAGGAUGUCACUGUCCACCCAACACCUACCAGCACCACGGAGCCUGCCUACAGGAGUGUCCAUGCCUAGUAGACAACGAGCUCUUGAGCUCACUUCAAAAAGUGUCUAUGACCCCGGAGUUAACCCCAGACCUCUACAACAUUACCAUGGGAACAGAGCUCAGGUCUGGAGAAGAGCUGAUGCAUGAGUGUAGCUCCUGUUUGUGUGAGCAUGGCCUCUGGAACUGCUCUCUAGUGCCCUGUCCUCAAAAUGGUGGUCUGAGUCCUUGGGGUCCCUGGGGUCCCUGUUCACUCAGCUGUGGGGGUCUGGGACAUAAAGUGCGCACUAGGAGCUGCACUAAUCCAAGCCCUGCUCAUGGAGGUCAAGACUGUGUGGGAGACCUGCAGGAAACAGCAUACUGCCAGACUCCAGACUGCCCAGUGGAUGUGCUUCCUACAGCCGAACCUUCUGUGUCAGAUGAGGAUUUGGGGUUCUCUCAGUGGACAUCAUGGAGUUCCUGUUCUAAAUCCUGCAAUGAAGCUGGUCACCCCGCUCUGAAGUUUCGUCAGAGACAGUGUAUCAGUGCACCAUGCACAGGACAGAACAGACAACAGAAAGUCUGCAACCUCCCUGAGUGUCCUGAUGGUGGAGUGUGUCUGGAUGAAGAAUGUUCCCAUAGAAACUGCUCGUGGACAGAGUGGGGAGAGUGGAGUGCAUGUUCACGCUCCUGUGGUGUUGGUCAGCAACAGCGCUUUCGCAGCUUCAUUGCCCCCGGAGUUAACGGAACCUGGUGUUCAGGCAUCGUCGAUGGCAAUGUGGAGAACCGCUUCUGUAACAUCCGUGCCUGCCGUGUGGAUGGAAGUUGGUCUCGCUGGAGUCCGUGGUCACACUGUGAUAAGUCGUGUGGGGGUGGUCGCUCUAUUCGCACUCGUUCCUGCUCCAGCCCUCCACCCAAAAAUGGAGGACUCAAAUGUCUUGGAGAGAAGAACCAGGUCAAACCCUGCAACACCAAACCAUGUGAUGAGCGUGGAUGCCCACUGGGUCAGGAGUUUGUUCCCUGUGCUAAUGAGUGUCCUCAGCGUUGCUCUGACCUACAGCAAGACAUUCAGUGCCAAGACAACACAGAGUGCCAGCCAGGCUGCCGCUGCCCUCAGGGUGAAUUGCAGCAGGAUGGUGUGUGUGUAAAGCUGUGGCAGUGUGACUGCAUUGAUGCAUUGGGGCAAAGCUGGGCUGCAGGCAGUCAGCACCAAGUCGACUGCAACAACUGCAGUUGCGCAGACGGAGUUCUCACCUGCACCAACCUCACCUGUCCAGGAAAGAGUCACUGUUCCUGGAGCUUGUGGUCCAGUUGGGCCUCCUGCAGCGUUACCUGUGGUGCAGGACAGAGAACACGCUUCAGAUCACUCAUUCCCGAGACUCCAGAUGCCGACUGUCAGUUCGAGGAAGUUCAACACAAGCCAUGUGACCCAGGUCCUUGUCCACCACUGUGUCUCCAUGGCAACCAGUCACUGUCUGUUGGUGACACAUGGUUAGAAGGGGAAUGUAAACAAUGCACCUGUAUUCCUGAAGGAGAAUAUUGCCAGGAUAUUUAUUGUCGCGUGGAUGGAGGCUGGACUCCGUGGGCUGUCUGGUCUGACUGUUCUGUGACGUGUGGUAGAGGAAAUCAGAUCCGCACUCGGGCGUGUAUCAAUCCUCCACCACGAAACAAUGGCACACACUGUCCUGGGGCAGAGAGAGAGACACAGCACUGUCACACUGCACCCUGCCUCGAUGAUCUGUGCCCAUGGUCCAGCUGGUCCCCGUGCUCACGGAGCUGUGGUGCAGGAGUGGUGUCCAGACGUAGGCAUUGUUUGUGUGAAGAAGCAGGUGAUCACACCUGUCCCAUUUCUAUAGAGACACACAAACACAGAGAGGAGACUCGCCUGUGCUACAAGAGGCCAUGCCCAGAUUGCCCAAUGUCCGAGUGGAGUGAGUGGACAGUGUGUUCCUGUGUGUCUCAGUGGCAGCAGCGCUAUCGUGUCCCACUGUCUUUGGCCACAGCGGGGCAGCAUUGCCCAGAGAUUGAGAAGCAGAGCCGAGCCUGCAAACUUCAGGACUGCCAGGAAUGUAUGGAACCAUUCCAGCCAGACUGUGGUUCUCCAUGUGAGAAGCAGUGUGUAUUGCAAGGGCAGGUGGACGCAUGCACAGGGCAUUCGGGGUGUACAGACGGCUGCUACUGCCCUCAGGGUCUGCUGCACCAGAAUGGUACAUGUGUGCCUCCAGAACAUUGUGGCUGUGUUCACCUCAUGAAGCAGGACACAGGAUCACCUGUCCCUGUCACUGUCCCACAGGGUGGGGUCCUCAAUAUAGGCUGCAGCACAUGUUUAUGCCAUAAUGGGUCUCUGCAGUGUGAUUCUCGAGAAUGUGAAGUGUCACUCAGUGAGUGGUCAGAGUGGACCCCCUGCUCUCCAUGUGUUCCUGCCUCCUCUCUUCUUCACUCUGAUUCUUCCAUGGGUGAUGAUGGAGUUACCAGUGAAGGUCUAGGAAUGCCUGAAACAGCUCUGGUGUCAGUGCAGAAGCGCUUCCGGACAUGUCUGGAUGUGGACUCUGGAUUACCUGUCAGUGAGAGAAAGGGGGAGUGCUCCAAACCCCUGCAGGAAGAAAGGAUCUGCCCCCAGCCUGAUGUCUGCAAAGACCCAUGUCAGUGGAGUGUGUGGGGGCAGUGGAGUGUAUGUCAGGAGCCAUGUAGUGGAGGAUUCCGCCAGCGUGAGAGAACAGCCCUGGCAACAACCCUCGGACCACAAUGUACACGACGGCAGAGCCAAUCACAGAGCUGCAACACUGGCCUCUGUCCAAGCGAGCGCUGUGAAGACAGGGGGCGGGUCUACGAGGAUUCUUGUGCCAAUCAGUGCCCUCGUAGCUGUGCUGACCUGUGGGAGCAUGUGCAGUGUCUGCAGGGAGUCUGUCACCCAGGUUGUAGGUGUCCUGAUGGUUGGUUGCUGCAGGACCGGGAGUGUGUGACAGUGUCAGCAUGUCGCUGUGGGCUUCCUACAGAGAACGGCACACUGGAGUUUACACCUGGACAGAAUAUCACAGUGGAGUGCAACACCUGUGUGUGUGUGAAUGGGUCACUGGUAUGUACAGACCAGCCCUGCCCAACGUACGGGGCAUGGAGUUCCUGGAGUGAGUGCUCAGUGUCAUGUGGGACAGGACAAAGGACACGAACACGUACCUGUACACACAAACCCGGUGGCCCUAGCUGUGGAGAAACCAUUCAGAGCCAAGUCUGUGACCUGUCUGCAUGUCCAGCUGACUGUGUAGUGAGUGAGUGGUCGUCCUGGAGUGAGUGCAGCGUCUCUUGUGGUGGAGGAGUGUCAUUGCGCAGAAAGACUAUUCUACAGAUGUCUGAGCCUGGAGGAGAGGCCUGCUCGACUCCUCUCGAGCAGCACACUGCUUGCAACACUAACAGCUGUCUGCCCGAGUGUCCUCUGGGUCAGGUGUUCAGUCUAUGUGCAGGUUCGUGCCCGUUUUCCUGCCAGGAUCUGUGGCCUGAAAGCCAGUGUGUGCCGGGUCCCUGCACCCCAGGCUGCUCCUGCCCCCCUAACAUGGUCAUGCUUAAUGGAUCAUGCAUGCCCUACUCUGAGUGCCCUUGUUCUCCACUGUCUCUGCCACUGGGGUUGGCCAAUGUCACACUAGACCUCCUACAGGAAGAGUUUCCCCCUGGAACCAUUAUACCACAUCUCUGCAAUGCCUGUGUGUGUGAAAAUGGAGUAUUCAACUGCACCGGGGACUCAUGUGAUGUGGACUGUGAAUGGAGCAGCUGGUCCGAGUGGAGCUCGUGUUCAGUGUCGUGCGGCUCUGGAGUGCAGCAUUCUAGCCGCUUUGUAGUGCAGCACAGGCAGUAUGAAGGACGUGAGUGUGAAGGCCACAGUCACAGGAUCAGAGUGUGCACAGGACCUGACUGUGUGUGUCCAGAGGGAGAGCGUUGGAGAAGGAGCAUGUCUGAGUCAGAGCGAGUGUGUGACAGAGGGUGUGUGGAUAUGUACAGCGCUGAACCGCUGAACUGCACUGAAGUGAGCAGGCUCUCCGAGGGCUGUGUGUGUGAGGACGGGCGCUAUCGUGAUGCCGAGGGCCGGUGUGUGAUUCCUGCUCUCUGUCAGUGCGAGGGGGAGGACGGCAUACUGCGAGAGGCUGGCUCUGAGUGGGAAGAAGCGUGCCAAACUUGUCGCUGUGUAAAUGGCCUUAAGCAGUGUAAAGCCAGCUGCCCUCCACUUCUGUGUGACGAGGGUGAAGUCAAAGUGCUGGAGGACGGACAGUGUUGCCCUGUCUGCAGGAAAGCGUACACAGAAGAUCCGCUCUCUCAGUGUCACCGCCACACUGAGAUCAGGAACAUCACUAAGGGUGAUUGCCGCCUGGAAAACGUGGAGGUCAGCUUCUGCAGGGGGCGCUGUUUGUCCGGAACGGAUGUCAUUCUAGAGGAGCCCUACCUACAAGCUGUGUGUGACUGCUGCAGUUACAGGCUGGACCCCCAGACUCCUGUGCGCUUCCUCAGCCUGCACUGUUCUAGUGGAGAAAGCGAGCCCGUGGUGCUGCCCGUCAUACAGAGUUGCGAGUGUACCAGCUGUCAGGGAGGAGAUCUGGCCAAACGUUAAACACUUUUGGAGGAGCCGACACCUUGGGAGAAGAAAGAAGUCAAAUCUUUUGAACACCUCCAGUAUAUUUUGAAGUAGCUUGUAGUCAUUAUAUGACUGAAUACUUUUUAUAGAGUACUUUCUGAAGCUCUCAGACAACUGUACAGGUUUUAAAUUAUGGCUUUUAUGUCUUAAUGUCUUUUAUUUCUUUCAGUCUCUCUCUCUCUCUCUCUCUCUCACACACACAUACACACACACACACUACAUUACAUACACAUAACAUAUUAUUUUGUACUUGCUGUUAAGUGACACAGUCCAACUUCAUGCUCUCAGCAUUAUGACCAAAUAUGUUUCUGUUCUUCUGAAAAAAUAAGUCAUUUAAAAUCUCUCACUCUCUCUCUCUCUUUUAACUUUUUUUAUUACGGGAUAUCUAUUUAAAAAUUCUGUAUCUAUAAAGCAUUUAUACGUAAAUAGUCAUAAAUCUAAAGCAUUAUUAAUAAUAAAAAGGAAAAAUAAGGAA